AUGUUAGCUGAAGUUCUGUCAUUAAUGAAACACAGACUAUUUAAGAAUGUUAUGGACAUUCAAGAAGAUUAUGCUAGGUCUCUCUCAACAUCUGCCGAAAGAAGAAAGGCUGCAAAAGUUGAUCUAUCGAACGAAAGACGAAGUCUUAGAGAUAGCUUUAAACAUCGCUUUGGUAUCAAGGACGAUAAAAAGAAAUCUCAAUCUUCUGCCCAAGCGACUACAUCAAGUGCACAAGUACCCAAUAAAUUGCCAAAACAGGAAGUUCAUAGCGAGAGCGUUGAUCCAAUAAAUCACCAGCCGCAAGGGAAUAGCGAAAUGGACAGAGGACAAAUUCCGAAAUCGAAAAUUUCUCCGAGGACUUCCGUCGUGGAUUAUGCAGAUCUACACCAGUACGAAGAUAUUGAUACAUCCGCCGAGAUAGUGUACGGCAAUGGAAUAGUGAAUCAACAACGAUCACCCAUUACUACCCCUGUGAGAGAAAAUCCAGGAUCGAUAAUUAACACAGCAAGGCUACUUCAAAAUCAGUCUGUGAAUAGUACUAAUUCUGCAAGAACUACUCCUCAAAGAUCUCCGAUACAUGGAGAUGUUCCAGGAGUAACUCCACCUAGUACAUUUCAAGAUCCAAAACCCAAAACGUCUAUAAAUGAACAAGGGAAUCGAAGGCCCAACCAAGAGCAACGUCCUAAACAGCCGAAACAGUAUGAUGUUUCCGCAGAUAAGCAGCAACGGCCGCAAAAUUUGCCAGUUGCUAAAAAUGGAGAAGCAAGAAACAUAAAUAAUUUAUCCGAUACCAAUGGGGUAGCGCCCAAAACAGUCGCUGAUCAACCUAGAAGCCCAAAGCGUACUACCCCAACGGAGAAUCAACGACAACAGCCAUCAUAUCAGCAAGCACCACCACAAGGUGUUCAACGUGGGGCUCCAUCUAAUAUUAGGCCAAGCAAUAACAAGUAUGGCUAUGAUACUCCUCAAGCUCGGCCAGCACAAAAUCCUGUACCACCACAAGGCUAUCGACGAAUAAACUCCAACGAUAAAUCACCUACAUCUGAUGUUAUAGGACGUAAACCUCAACAACAAGGUGUUCGUUUUCCAAAUCAAAAUAAUAUGACGACGAAUGAAAGGCAGUUCCAAAACUACCAGGCAAGGCCAAAAGUCCAACAACCGAAUGUAAGACCUCAAAAUCCGGCUCAGAUGAGUAGAGUAUCACCUACAGGUAACAAUCCACCAAACUAUAAUCAUCGCCCUUCGCAAGAGAUAAAAAGUCAAGCGAAUAAUAAACCUGUGCGUUAUGCUCUUCCGCCGCAGCAGCAGCAGCAAAAUAUUCAGCCUCGAUCAGCUGGACCAUCAGUCAAUACCAGACCCCAGACUCAAGGCGGAUAUCGACCGCCAUCCGCUGCAGUUAACAAUUCAAAUCCUCCUAGAUAUAUUCGCCCCAACCAGUCAAGUGGGCUGCAAAAUCCAAGGCAACGAAUACCAGCUACCCAACAGAUACAAUAUCAAGUCAAUGCUCAGAAAGUAGAAAACGUAUACGAAAUUUCAACGACCAAUGUCAACGAACGUAUGGCUCUUAAAAAUGUGACAACUAGUAAAUCAUCUGUUGAGCAACUUCACACAAGAACGCAACCUUCAGCAAAUAGAAAACCUAGAGGAGGUAUCGUUGAAGGUGAAGACCGAGUCAUUGAAAUGAUUAAGCCGAGUAAAGGCUUCGGAUUAAGUUUACUUGGUGCUUCAGAAUUUGGUGUCUACGUAGCCAAAUUAAAUGUCGGUGGAGCUGCAGAAAUUGAUGGGCGGUUUAAGAAGGGAGAUCAAAUUAUUGAAGUCAAUGGCUUUGAAAUAGAUGGUAUGUCCUAUGGCGAAGCUGCACAGAUUCUACGGGAAAUUGGUGUAGGCUCUCGAGCAACUUUCCAUGUACGACAUAACUCCACAGGUCUAGCUAAAUUUGAAGAGUUUAGAGAAAGAAAGAGAAUGGGAAAAAUUGCGAACAAUACAGACUAA